GCCCGCCCCCCUCCCUCACCCACAUCUGUGGCCUCCUCUGGCGCAAACAGUGGCUGGGACGAUGGAGCAGGCAGCUCGUGCUCAUCAAAGGCCAGCUGCUGUUGUGCUACAAGUGCCUUGCGGACGGGCUGCCGCUGCUGGAGAUGAGCCUGGCAGGGGCCCGCGCUGCCUACAAGUUCAAGCGGGGCCGCAGGGUGGAGCACGAGCUGAAGGUGACGGGCACGGCCCAUGCCAGCCUGGUGCUGGGGCUACACACACAGCGACAGGCCCACGACUGGAUGAAGGUUAUUGAGGAUGUGAGCAGCUGCGGACACUACAGAUCCACACCCUGGCACUGCCCAUUAGCAGCGAGCAAAGGCACAGAACCUGCCCUCAACAAGGUACGUGUCCCCCUGGCCCACUCACCCAGGCUGGGGGUGUGA